AUGCCGGUACCUUUUCGCGGGUACUGUCGUGCCUUGACCUGGGACGAUCUGAUGCAAGCGAGGCAACUCCUGUGGGGAGGAGGGUCUCCGGGGGCCCAGCUUCAGAUAACCAACGGUGGUGAUCUGGAAAUGGAUGACGGUGGUUAUCCGGGACCAGCACUUGACGGUGGUCACCAGGGCGGUAACGACGACCAUCCGGCGGCGAACGACGGCAACCAUCCGCUAAUGAUCGACGGACUCCCUCCGGUGAUGAACCGCGGUGACCACCCCGAUAUAAACGAUGGCGACCAGCCAAUGGUCAACAAUGGUGGCCACCUGGUGGUAAAUAACGGUGACCAUCCGGUGAUAAACGACGGCGACCAUCCGGCGAUAAACGGGUUGGUGAACAACGGCGAUCACUGGGGCAUUAGGAUCAACCCUCGAGUAGACAACGGCAACCAGCCGGCGAUAAACGGGGUGGUAAACCACGGCGACCAUUGGGGCAUUAGGGUCGAUCCUCUGAUGAAUGACGGCGACCAUCCUGUGGCAAACAACGGCGACCAUCCAGCGAUGAACGACGACGACCAUCCGGCGAUAAUCGGGACGGCAGCCUACCGCGACCACUGGGGUCUUAGGGUUGGCCCUCUGGUGGUGAAUAACCGUGCCUCUGUGGUGGUGAACGGUGGUCAUCUGGUGGUGAAUAGUGGUGCCCAUGUGAUGCCUCCAUCGCACAAUGGCGAAUGA